AUGAAAGCACAUCCUGUAUACAUGAACGCGCUCGUGUUAAAAAAUCGUUCAAUAGACAGCGAGCCACCGGACAGUAACCGACUCGUCGUCAUGCGGUUCUACGUGUUGCUGGUGAACAUAGUUGCUGUCGCGGUGACGAUGAUCAGCGUCGCGAUCACCUCCGAAAAAGUGAAUCGCGGACUCGAUCAGAUCGAAAGACCGUUUCGAGUUCAUAGUAUAGUCACUCCUCAAAAUCGGAACGUGGAGCCAUUUACUGAUUCAUCGUCUAUAUUCUUUUUGCAUCUGCUCAAGUAUAAACCGCGGUAUCAGAAGCUAGAUAAGAUCCCUACUACUACUGCCGCUGCGACAACCAGAGCUUGCAUCUGCGUACCUUUUUAUUUAUGCGACAGUAAUCAGACAAUCAUCACCGAUGGGAGCGGAGUAAUCGACGAGCGUGCUGGAAUAUGUCCUGGGGAAUUGGAUGUCUGCUGCUACCCGCGAAGAACUACACCAAUGCCUACGACACCUCCAACUACACCACCAAUAGUAACAUUUCCAACUACACCACCGACAGUAACAUUUCCAACUACACCACCGACAGUAACAUUUCCAAAUCCUCCCACGACCGUAUUUCCGAACUGUAUCUGCGUAGUGACAUCGCUAUGCGAUCCUAACGGAAUAGUCACCAUACCUGGCGAGGGUAUAAUAAAUCCGCGGUACGGAUUGUGCCCCGGCAACCUGGUCUGCUGUAGGAUAUUGGUGACCACGACGCAGCCACCGACGAAUCCUCCGACCACGAUGACCACGGUACCACCCACGGUGGCCACGACUGCACCACCUGGACAGACACAACUAUGCUUCGUAUGCGGCGGUGUCACUCAAUGUUUCACCUGCGUGACUGUCAUUACACCCGGCGGUGGUGGCAUGAUAGAUCCCAGAUUCUCUCAGAUUUUGUCAGACGGAAAUGUCUGCGCGGCGAUGAGCAUACCGUCCUGUCAAAACACGGCAUCAGACACGCCGAUUACGAACCUGGGCCCGUUAAAGAACGCGGGUACAUCGCAGGAAUGUUACUGCGUGAAGACCUGGUUAUGCUCUGAAGGAAACACGGUCAGUUUGGACGGUCUUGGCAUAAUUGACUCGAGAUUCACGACGUGCUCGUCGGCAGAUCAAGUGUGCUGUCGGCUCGCAGGGAUCGAUCUUCAGGGUCUUCGCAACGCUGGCACAACUCUCGUGUCCUCGUCCGGAAGUCCCGACGCGAACAUACCAUCCAAUCGUUCGUCCUCGCAGAUCGCUUGUGGUAUACGGGACAAUAGUUACGCGCCGCCGCAGCCUUUUCCCCCUAACUCCGAGAAAACCUAUUUCGCUGAAUUCCCAUGGAUGGUCGCGCUUCUCCUAAAGUCCGCGACCGGCGGUCCUUACGUUUUUCACUGCGGUGCUUCAGUGAUCAGUAACGGUGCCGUCCUCACUGCCGCCCAUUGCGUUGUGAACCAAAAGCCCGAGAAUUUAAUUGCACGCUUCGGACAAUGGAACUUGGGAAACAAUACACAACCAUUGCCUACUCAAGACGCGCAAAUCUUCACAAUAGUUGUGCAUCCGUCGUAUUUUAGCGACGGACUUUUUCACGAUGUGGCUGUCCUCGUUUUGGCAGAACCAGUCACUUAUAGCGCGAACCUCCUGCCGAUUUGCCUUCCCAAACAAGGUAUGGCCUUCUUGGCCGGGACCAGAUGCUACGGAAUAGGAUGGGGCAGCGAUUCGUUCGGACCGGAAGGAAAAUAUCAUGCCGAACUUCGAAAGGUGAGUCUACCUAUCAUCGAUCGAGGGGAUUGUCAGACGCGUUUACGAAGCACGAAAUUGGGUCAAUACUUUGAACUGCAUGGAUCGUUUAUUUGCGCCGGCGGCGAAACAAAUAGAGACACGUGCCGUGGCGACGGUGGUGGACCAUUGAUUUGUCAAGCCGCUACGGGACAAUUCUUUCAGGCUGGUAUUGUAUCAUGGGGCAUUGGUUGCGGAGCUUCUAAUGUACCUGCAGUAUACGCCAGCGUAUCGCAACAUAGUCAAUGGAUAGAUCAACAGUUCGCGACUUAUGGCGUAUAAUGAUGUGUGUCGUGUGUAGUUUAUUUAGUGAUUUCUAAUGCAACGAUUGCGAUUACGUGCCGUUUACGUAUGCUAAUAUCACUCGCAUAACUUAUGACAAUUAUUUAUAAUAAUAAAGUGCAAUGAUAUUUUAUAUUAACUUUAUAUACUUUAAUUAUCUUAAUUCGCUCGAGCAUCUGUAUUUUGUUCAAUCUUCUGAUCAUACAGCGAGUAAUCAAUGCGUCAUAAACACAUUCUCCGAGAACGAAUAUCUGAAUAGAUUUGUUUUAGUUAAUACGAUAGCUGUGUAACACAAAGCUUAUCGCGGCACGACGAGCGUGGGAAAGAAGCUCGGAGGUCAAGCGUAUAUCGUUGUUCUAGUUUCAGAGCAAAAUAUUUCUCGUAUGUAUUUUGAAUUAUACGACAAAUUGUCAUUCGCUACAAAGUUGAGCACGAUUUAUUGAUACAACGAGACCAAUCUACAGAUCCAAAGAAAAUUGCCCUAGGAAAAUCUAUGAAACAUGGCAAACGUUCGUACUUGCACGACUAUAUUAUCUGGAUAUGAAUAAUAAAAAAAUUCACAAAAAAGGCUUCUACCGUGACAAUGUUAUACACAUUGCCGUGACCAGGAUUCGAACCUGGGUUACUACGGCCACAACGUAGGGUCCUAACCACUAGACGAUCACGGCUAUUGGAAGAAUCGAAUGGAGUGUCGGAAACUGAGCACAAUGUUUGCGCCGAUAAAUAAACAAAUUUUUCAGUAAUUAAAUAUAUACUUUGAU